AUGAAACAAACUUCAGCAGUCCUUGCUUUGGGCGUCUUGGCAGCUCUCGCCCAAGCUGGCAGCAAACUCCUAUCCGGCGCAACUAUCAUCAGCUGGAAUGACUCUAGCAAUGCACCUCACAUUAUCCAAGAUGGCCAUCUCUUGAUUAAAGAUGACCGUAUUGCAAGCAUCACCACGACCAAGCCCUCAGGUCUGCCCAACAACACCGAGACAGUCGAUGUGACAGGCCAGAUCAUCACUCCUGGCUUCAUCGACACUCAUCGUCACGGUUGGCAGACAGCUUUCAAAACGAUCGGAUCUAACACAACGCUUGCCGAGUACUUUGGCCGGUAUGGCGAGUUUGCAGCUGCGCCUCAUUUCAACGCUGAAGAUGUCUACUGGGGCCAGCUCGCGGGAUUACUCGAAGCUUUGAAUGCAGGUGUGACUACAUCGCUUGACCACGCUCAUCACACAUGGUCAAACGAGACAGCUUACGCUGGUCUUAAUGCGUCUAUUGAAAGCGGUGCUCGGGUGUUCUGGGCCUAUGCCUUCCACGAUAUCCCGGCACUCAACUACACUGUGAAAGACCAAAUCCCCAAUUUUGUGGAAAUCGCAGAAGGUGACGCUUUGAAAGACAGCAACGUUGAGCUUGGCAUCUCCUACGACUCUUUCGGCCCAAACCCGCCGGCUGAUGCCAAGACCAUCGCUCAGCUGGCCAAAGAAUACAAUGUCUCUGCAUUAACCACCCACUGCCUCUCCGGUCCCUUCGGCGUCAACAACCUCCCCGAAGAUGUCCAUGCACUUGGUCUUCUUAACACUUCAAUCCCGGUUAUUUUCUCACACGGAAGCUUCAUGACCGCCACAGGCGCCCACCUUCUACGCCAGACAAACCAAUAUCUCUCCAUCACUCCAGAGUCAGAGAUGCACUAUGGUCACACUCACCCUCACUCGUACUACAUCCAAGAUCAAGCAGCCAUCGGUGUGGAUACUCACUUCACCUUCUCCACCGAUAUCCUGACACAGGCCAGAAUCUGGUUGCAGAGUGUGCGCUACUUCUUCUUUGACAAGGUCCUUUCGGACUGGGAAGUCCCCAACACCAACCCCAUGGACGUUGGCCAGGCCUUCUCACUUGCCACACGUGCUGGUGCCUUAGCAUUGAGACGACCAGACCUUGGAGUCAUCAAGGAAGGAGCCAAGGCUGAUCUCAUCGUCUGGAACGCAGCCGAUUCGCCUGCUCUCCUGGGCUGGUCUGACCCUGUGGCAGCCGUCAUGCUACACGCCAGUGUCGGCGAUAUCCUGCAUGUUUUGGUAGACGGAAAGUUCGUCAAGAAAGAUGGCAGAUUGACUGCCACUGAUUACCGUAAGACGAAGCAGAAGUUUCUCCAAAGUGCAGCAAAGAUCAAGAAGAUCUACAAGAACCUCGAGUAUCCAGAUCUCGAAGGAGAGUUCAAUGGCGGUGGCUUUUAUUACGCCUCACCUAGAACGGUGGAUCUGGAGAAGGGACUCAGAGCCAAGACCGAUUGA